CAUAGCUUCAGGGAAGCUAUCCACGACUACGACACUGUUUACUUAGUUAUCGCAGCCUCAACUUCUGCUAACAUACUCACUACGACUAGCUGGCCGUAACACUUUGAUUGCUCCUGUUCAGUAAGUUCACUCUACGAAAAACUAACUAAACAGUACGAACGAUGUCGUCCCGCGCCUCAGCCAAAUCUCCUACCCCGGGCUCUUCAGCCUCUUCCAAACAACCUGUUCGAAGCCUGGCCGAGGAAAUGGAGACAGCUCCUAUGAACGUCGACUCCGACGAUGAGGUCACCCUCAAAAAAGAGACCUACGAUCGACUCCGCGAGAGAGUCAAGAAAGGAGACGCAGACAUCGCCAAGGUACAGACCAUGUACAACGAAACCGCGAAUGAGCUCCAAAACCUCAAGAUCAUGAUCCAGCAGUUCGGGAAUGGCCCUCAGCGCAUUCAGGACCUGGAGAACGAAGUCAUCCGACUCAGAGAACAAGAAGCAAGUACCAAUGUUCAGGCGCUUCAGGAGAGGUCAACACUCUCGAGCCGCUGCCAACAUCAUUGGUACCCCAUCCAGGGAGGACGACAGAAACUCAAACUCAGCGCACCCAUCACCUAUGACGGCACCCCAGGUACUCUCAAGGGAUUUCUGAUUCAAGUCAAAAACUAUCAGAACUUCCAUCACGGAGACUUCACCAGCGAAACCGAGAAAGUUGUGCACGCCGCCAGCUUCCUCAGGGGACGAGCCCUCAAGUGGUUUGAACCUAUCCAGGAAGAAUAUCUCAGCAAAGAAACUCUUGACGAGUGCUCUACUGAAGUACGCGACAUCUACAGUAACUUCAAUGGAUUCGAAGCUCUCAGGUCCCUAUUCCAGGACCCUGACGAGAAACGACAAGCUGAACGCGACCUAGCGCAGCUACGACAAACCAAAUCGGCAAAGGAAUAUUCCGCCGAAUUCAGACGUCUCAGUGCCCAACUGGACCUCACUGACGACACCAAAAUGUUCAUGUUCUACCAAGGACUGAAGGACGAAGUCAAGGACGAGCUGGUCAAGCUCGACAGACCAGAAGACUUCCUUCAGUACGGAGAACUCGCCAUCAGAAUUGACAACCGACUCUAUGAACGCAAGAAGGAAAGGAAGGAACGACCUAACACCGGACGCAAGUACCAAUGGCAACCUCAACGCAGUUUCCAGGCGAACCAGCGACCUCGCAACAACUGGAACAACAACCGACAAAGCACUGCCUACGGACAACAUGACGGUCCCAUGGAUCUCAGUGUCGCCAAGAGAGAAGACAACCGCCCCAGGAAGGACUUCAAAUGCUACAACUGCGACAAGCCAGGACACAUGGCUAGAGACUGCCGACAACCCAAACGCAUCCAACACCAACCCGUUCCAGAAAAACGAGCCAAUAUCGCGAGCAAGGAAAUUCCCCACGCACAACUCUCAUGGACGGCUUGCUACGACGACAACUGCCUUAUUCACCAAGACAGUAAGGAACAAACCGGAUGGUACCCUAAAAAACCCAAGAACAACGAACGACCCGGAUACGACACCACCCCACCACCUGUCAAGACCCUAGCGGUGGCAACCAAAGAAGAAGAGAUACCCAUCUACCGACCUCUCACCCUCGAGGAUAACAACAUCGAAUGUGUCGCCAUACUCUCUCAAAUCUGCCAGAAUAUAGAAGAGAAGGCCAAGACAGACCCCAUCAUGAAGGAUACCCUUCAUCUCCUUGAAGAAAGAAUCAUGCAAAGACUUCAGGCAAGUACAAGGGAGCAACUCCUCAAAUUCGAAGAAAGAGGCCCCGACACAGAAGAAAUCAUGGAUCGGCUCCAGCAGCCACACCUUCGACGAAGAAUCACCUAUGAUUCGGACGAACCUCGCGACGUCGCUCGACGACGUGCUCAGACGGAGAUCGACCAUGGAUUCUAUCCUAGUGUGGACGACACCAGCUCUGAUGAGGAACCCGAAGAACCACGGUGUAAGAACAUUGAUCCGUACGAAGACGACCAGACAGUACAGUUCCACGGAACUAGUCAACCUAAGGAAGUACCUAUGACACCACUAGUCAAAGGAGAUAGCUCCUUGCUCAACACCAAGGACGCAUUCCACGAAGAAUUAUUUUGGGCAGAAUGCCUCGACGAUAAGUGUCUCUGGCAUCUCUCACCCAAGAAAGAAAGUCGCUUCUACCCCCGAAGACGCGACGACCGACCUAUCAAGGACGUCUACGUCGACGACCAACUACCGAACUGGACGCUCACAUACUUCAAUGGACUCGACAAGGCAACAUUCGAACCAGACCCAUGCUUUCCUAUGCGAUGCCAGAACAGCAACGACAUGGAAUGGGACGAAUGUAGACACGACCAUUGUCAGAUCCACUACGUUCCCAAAUCCCAAGCCUGGAGGAACGAGAGAACAAAUUGA